AAUUUUUACGUGCAAUUAUUUGUUACAUUGAUUCUUACUUUGAUCAAAAUGUUACACUUUAUCAAACGAUUAGUUAUUUUGGUUUUCAAAAUAUUGAAUCAUUAACAUGGAACCAAGUCAUUCGAUGUGUUGAUUUAUUAAAAAUUAAAGGCCUGAAUGAUGAUUGUUUAUUUGAUGAAUUUACAAAUAUAAAAUCAACAUUAAAAAUAAUCUUACAACAACGUAUCUCAGUUUUUGAUCAAGUUCAGACGUUUAUUAAUAAACAAGGUGAUAUAGCAGUAACAAAUGAAUGCAAAGAAGAAACAAAUGAUGAUGAUGCUGAUCAUUCAGAAAACAGAAUUGUGAGGUCUGAUCAGUUCUGGAUGUAUAUGUUUUCUCUUACUCAAUCUCCAAAUUUCAAGAAACUCGUAUGUUUUUUGUAUUCUUUACCAUGUAGUAAUGCUUAUGUUGAGUCAGCUUUUUCACAAUUAAAAUAUUUAUGUAAUGAUAAAAGGAAUUGUAUGACAAUUGACCUUCUAUCAGCUGAAUUAAAAAUACGAUUAAAUUCAUCAUUAUCAUGCAUUGAAAUGUAUAAACAUGUUUUAUCUAAUCAAGAUUUGUUAAAAGCUAUUAAAUAA